AAUUUCACCCAACAAGACUCCGUGAACUCCCAUUGGAAAUUUUACCACCUUUACCUUAGCUAUAUUUUGGAGUACUAUUAAUUAGCAGUUGCGAGUUGGCAUUUUGAUUUCAUCUUAUGUUUUGUGAUGGGCAGUGGCCUAUUAUUUUCUUUGCCUUCUGUUGUUGAGUUUUUAUCCAUUUAUUCAUGGCAAACUUUUGCUGCUCCAUUGAGAUGGAGCCUAAGACAUUGAAUCAAGGUCAACUUAACCUCGCCCGAGAAGUUGCUGUUGACAUAGUGCAGAAUACAGAAUCGGACGAAGCAUCAAAUAUAUUUUUAGAGGGAAGAAAGGCAGUUAUUGAAAUAAAGGAGGCGCAAUCACUCGAAAACUGCAAAGAAGAAGAUUACGUUGCCCAAGUAAUGAAGUCAAACGUGGUGAUAGAGGCAUCCUGUCAAUGCUCGUGUCCUGCAGCGAUAAUAGACUCGCCUGAUCAAUCUAAGCUUAAGGAACCACUCUCUGCUCCCUUUUGAAACUUCACUACAACAACGGCUACGCCUCAAUCCCAAACAAAUUAGAGUCGCCUAUAUUAAUCCUUCAGUACUAUCUCGAAAUAAUUAAAUAAAGAUGCAACAUUUUAAUUUGCUACAUAUAUAUAUCAGCUUCUCUUUGCUUUUACCAGUACUGUAACGUUUUUUACGAUCCGUUCCGUUGGCAUUCAAGUGUUCACAGUAUAUUGAUAUACCGGAAAUCAUGAAUUCUUCUUUUCAUUUAAAUAUAUUUAGGAGUUUAGCUUUGUUUACUGACAAUGUAUAAGAUGAUUAUAAAAUUUAUAUUCCAUUGCCUCAA